AUGGGGUGUACGCAGUCGACGGCGAACGAGACCGCCCCUAAGCCGGCGCAGCACCAGGGCGGCGCAGUUUCGCCAGGAACAGCCGGGACUGGGGGAGUGUCCCGGAACGGGAAUUCCGACCGGGCGGGCGGCCCGAGUGGCUCAGGACCGAAUGGACCGAGUGUGGAAAACGGCGGCGCGCCGGAAUCAGCCGAGCCGCCGCCGGAGAAUUUGGCGCCGGACGACGACACUGUGGGCACCGGCUACGUGCCGCCGCCUGGUGGCAGACAGGGGCAUUCUCUGGCUUCCGGUCCGCCCACAAACCUCGCAGAAAUUCCUGGGGAACCGGCCGGAGGCGGCAGAGUCGCGAGGCCUGCCGUGACUCUCAAGUCGGGCGCGGUGUAUGAAGGACAGUGGAAGGAUCCUCAUCGAGACGGACAGGGAAAGCUGUCGUGGCCAGACGGGGAGACCUACGAAGGCUCGUUCAAAAAGGACGAGUGCAGUGGAGAAGGUACCUGGUCUGAUGGUAAAGGGAACGUCUUCGAGGGUCAAUGGCAGCACAACAGGAUCAACGGAACCGGCAAGUUCACUCAUGCGGACGGCUCCGUGUACGAAGGCCAGUGGACGGAUGACAUGAAGCACGGCAAGGGGAAGGAGAUGUGGGGAGACGGCACCGUUUACGAAGGCAGCUUCGAAAAGGGAGACAAACAGGGGAAAGGCUCCAUCACCUUUCCAGAUGGGUCUAAGUACGUCGGUUCCUUCGCCAAGGAUUUCUUUGCCGGGAAAGGCGUGUACACGUGGGCGAACGGUCGGACGUACGAAGGCGAGUGGAAAGACGGCUACAUGCACGGCAACGGCGUCUACAAGUGGCCGCAAGGACAAUUCUCCAAGUACGAGGGUCCGUAUGAGCAGAGCAUGAAGAGCGGUCCUGGAAAAUUGUUCCUGCGCGACGGCCGCAUUUAUGUCGCGAACUUUGUGAAAAACAAAAUGGAUGGCGAAGUCGUCGAAAUCUCGCCCAGUGGAAAGAAGCGGAAGGGAAUCUGGAAGGAGGGCAAACACGUGAAGUGGACCGAACAAGGCAAAGUCCCGCUUUUUGUCGGGGAAGAAGCGCUGGACAAUUCCGCUGGCGACUACGAGACGAGUGCGUACUCAAAUCCCAAUAAAUAUCACCAACUCUACCAGGGCCAGAAAAAACAGCACAUGAAGAUCGACGGCGGCGUUUUGCAUGGAAAGGGGGGCGUUCCGCCAUCGUUCCACGCUCCCACACAAGCGCCAAAGCCGGAUGAGGCCGCGAGAAACAAGUCUACGAUGGACUGUUCUUCCCAGGGCAAGAAAGGCCUUCAGGGCCAAGAGGAGCUUUUGAGUCCAGAGGCGUCGCACGCCUGCGCGCGUUGCCUCAACGGAAAGAGACAUCAAAAUCGUGUGACUACGGAACAAAAUCCACAACUCCUCUAA